AUGGACGUCGUCCUCGAAGUCUUCGACGGCUUCGUCUUCGACCGCAUGUACGCGAACCUCUUACCUCUCUCGCCCUCGGUAUCGACCUUCGAUCCCAUCUCGACCAUCGCCGCCGGUUUCAAGGGCUACGCGGAUCCCAAUGCUACAUAUACACAGUCCAUUGGAGGGGAGUUUGCGAGGUCGGGAUGGCAGUUCCAACCUGCGAGUGCUUCGUUCCAUGUCGAGCCGAGCGAGUUUGCGUAUAUGAGUCGGUGGGAUCGGGAUAAUGUGUAUCGGCAGUUUGUAAGCUUGUAUAUUUUGACUUGGCUCUUUGGAAUGGUGAUAUACUUCCUAUGCGCGACACUGAGCUACGUCUUCGUCUUCGACCAUGCGACCUUCCACCACCCCAAAUACCUCAAGAACCAGAUGCGAAUGGAGAUUCGACAGACGAUGGAGUCGAUCCCGAUCAUGGCCAUCUUUACUGUGCCUUUCUUCGUUGCGGAAGUUCGAGGCUGGUCAUUCAUCUACGACAGCGCAACCGACCCAGGCUUCACCCACCCAUUCUUGAAAGCGCUUGGAGGCUGGUACAACUUCCUGCAGUUCCCCCUCUUCAUCAUGUUUACCGACUUCUGCAUCUACUGGAUCCAUCGAGGACUGCACCACCCCCUCGUGUACAAGCGCCUACACAAGCCACACCACAAGUGGAUCAUGCCGACACCCUACGCUUCGCACGCUUUCCACCCCCUCGACGGCUACUCGCAGAGCGUACCCUACCACCUCUUCCCCUUCAUCUUCCCGCUCCAGAAGUUCGCCUACAUCGCCCUCUUCACCUUCAUCCAGGUCUGGACGGUCAUGAUCCACGACGGCGAGUACGUGGCCAACAGCCCCGUUAUCAACGGCGCCGCGUGCCACACCAUGCACCACCUCUACUUCAACUACAACUACGGACAGUUCACGACCCUGUGGGACCGUCUGGGUGGAAGUUACCGCCAGCCGAACAUGGAGCUGUUCCAGAAAGAGACGAAGAUGAGCAAGGACGAGUGGGAGAGGCAGACAAAGGAGAUGGAGAGGAUGGUGAAGGAGGUCGAGGGUGAGGAUGAUCGGAGUUAUGGACCUCCUGAGAGGCUGGUCAAGCAGGCGAGGAUGAGCAAGAAGGUGCAAUAA